AAUCGCAUUGCAGUCAUUGCACUCUGCAGGAAAUUUAAGAAACUAAAGGAUCUUGUCUAUGGUCAACCCCGGUUGACAUUUUAUAAUUUUCGCGAGAUUUUUCCAAUUUUACAAAUUUUCAGCCAUCUGUGUUCUAUUUUAAGACUAAUGACUGAUAAGAGUUUCAUGAAUUCCUCUGUUAUUUUCUGGUGUGUCAUGUGUGUAGUCAGCGUGUGUAAAGCGUCGGUAUGAGAGUUCUAUGAAUAGUGCGGAGGUAGCUUCCUGAGGGUUGUGGUCGGGACAGUGUGGUAAUAUGCAAUGGAUAUACAAGGGCUGGAAGAGGCGAUGGCUGUGGGUGCUGUUAGUGGCAGCGUUGUGCCCGCUGGUCUUGGUCCAGAAGAUCGGUGACCCUUACGAGAUCCUUGGGAUCUCCCGCCGAGCGACACUGGUGGAAAUUCGCAAGGCUUACAGGCAAAAGGCUAAGGAAUGGCAUCCUGAUAAAAACCUCCACCCAAAUGCGGAGUCUCGCUUUGUGGAAAUCAAACAGGCAUAUGAGCUGCUCUCAGACACAGAGCGACGGCAAGCUUAUGAUCAAUAUGGAAUCACAAAUGAAGAUGAACACCUAUACAAGCAGAGACAUGAUUACAGUACUUAUGCUCGGUUCAGCACUGACCCAUUUGAAGAGUUCUUCGGAAACCACUUCAGAACUCAAGACCAAGACAUCACAUUAUUUCAUAAGCUUUCAGUCACUGCUAAGCAUUUCGAAAAUAACAUAAUGGAGAAAUCAGUCCACACUCCAGCCCUAGUCCUCUUUUACACCGACUGGUGCUUCGACUGCGUACGAGCGGCGGCCUUCUGGCGGCGAUUAGUCGAAGCCUUGCAGCCUCUCGGUGUGACAGCGGCCACGGUGCACGCCGGGCAUGAAGCAAGCUUGGUUAGGAGGAUAGGCGUGCACGGGGUGCCGUGCCUUACACUGGUUCUCCAACAACAUGUUUACAUUUAUAAGGAAAGUCUCAGCUCCAUGCCGAAGAUAUUAGAAUGGAUCCGCUGGAAGUUUCCCUACAAGCUUGUUCCCCGAGUGACUGACUCUUCUCUGACCAGCUGGCUUGGAGACUUCGAAGACAACAAGGUCAAAGCGCUUAUCUUUGAGGAGCAGCCUACCAUGCGGCUUCGAUAUCUGCUGACUGCGUUCCAUUAUAGAGACCGGGUUUCUUUCGGUUUCGUCGCAAUGACAGCACGUGACUCUACCAACGUAACCGCCCGCUACAAAGUCCAGCGGCACAUCGACACCAUGGUGCUUUUGAAAGAGGACAGUCCAGAACCGGCGGCUACCGUCAGCACGACAGAAAUACCUACGAAGACGCUGCGGGAACUGAUAGAGGCUAAUCAGUUGCUGACGCUACCGAGACUAUCGUCGCAGGCGGUCCUAGAAAACGUAUGCCCCGUGGAAUGGCGGCCCAACCGCCGCCGCCUGUGCUGCGUGCUGCUGUGCUCGGCCGGCGCGGCGGCCACAGCGGCGCGCUCGGAGCUGAGGCGGCUGGCGAGAACGGCGCCCGAGAGACUACACUACGCAUAUGUCUAUAUGCACGCGCAGCCUAACUUCGUGCAGGCGCUGGCUAAUGGUUCAGGCAGCGACACAUCUCAAAUGGAGCACCGAGUAGUCAUCCUAUGGCGACGCGAAGCCACUCGCAUACAAUACGAAUGGCUCAACGAGACCUGGCCCGUGUGUUCCAACGGGCAUUGUGACGACUUCAGCGAACCGACCAAUGUGGUGUACCAGGCGAGGCUGAACGAUACGAAACGAGCGUUGGAACAGUUGGUCAAGCGACUAAUGAAGCCUACGGAGAUGAUGGCUUAUGAGGCACAUGUACAGGAGUUACUGGACGAAGCGGCCCGCGGUCCGCUGUGGCGCGCCAUGCUGCUGGUGUGCGAGUGGGCGGAGCGCGCGGCGCUGGCGCUGCGCACGCAGAAGGCCGUGUCGCUCGCCUCCGUGCUCGGCACCGUCGCUGUAGUACUAGCGGCCGGGUACCUCAUGGCGUACCUCAUCCGCGUAGAAGAAGAGUCCGUGCAACAACAGCGAAGCGAGCGACGCCGGCAAAACGGCAGUGCCAAGAAAAACAACAACGAGCCCCAGUCAGAGUUGAGGCUGCACGAGCUUAGGGCGGAGAAAUACAAUGGACUCGUCCGAUUGCUGAAACCUGGGUGCCGCACUAUAGUGCUGCUCGUGGACAUGCAGAGCCGAGUGCAGUUGCUGUCCAAGUUUCACAAGAUCGUGUGGCCGUACCGCAAAAACAAAACCCUCCUCUUCGCGUAUCUCCAAGUAGAAAGAAACAUUGACUGGUUCCGUCGCGUAUUACAACUAUCCCUAGGAGGGCAAGAGUUGCGUGUCAACGCCAGGAACUGCGUGGGCACAGUGCUGGCGCUGAACCCGCACCGCAACUACUUCUGCAUAUACCACGCCAAGCAUCCCGAGGGCGCCAAGCCGCACAAGAGGAUGUCCCGAAUGACGCGAUCGCUGGGCGCGUCAGCAGACCCCGAGGCGGGCGCAUUCAUCGGCUUCACCGAGCGCGACUCCAGCUCAGAUGAGGCACCGCCGUCGCCAUUGCUGCAAGAAAACCUUCUAGACGGCCUGGAGAACUGGCUGGAUCGACUGUUUGAAGGCAGCACCCACCGCUACUACAUCAACUACUGGCCCGACAUGACCUCCAAGUGAAGUCCGUCUGAACGUAGCUCUGCAAGUACACAUCCAAGGGAACAUAUAUGCUUGAACGCAGAAAACUAGAAGUAACUUUUUUGAAAUUGGGUGUCCAGACCACAUCUUUAUGCCAGUAUAAAAAAUGAAAACACAUUUUUUACCUUUUCUUAAGGUAACGUCAAGUGUGGCCCCUGGAGACAGAUGGGGUUACUUUAGACAAUCGUUUUUGACCAUGAACCAAUCUAGCUAUUUGAAAAUUUUACCCUAAGACUAGUAAAUCCAUCAAAAAUCGUAAAAUGGACACGACUGUCAGCCAAGUUCAUAUAAUUGGGGAAUAUUUCCUUUGUCUAAUGUUACUUCCUUCCUGUCCCCAGAUAUCCUACUUGACGAAUGAAAAAUCAGAAAGAAAAAUAUAAUAUAGUUAAUCAUAAUGUCACAAAUAAAAAAAAAUAACCUAUACGAAAUAAUAGGUUAUGUUUUAUGUUUUUGGGUAUGUAGCACUUUUUACAUGGAACUGUAUAAUUCUUAGAAAUAUAAUGUAAACAUAAAAUCAGCUUCAUGGAACUAGUGGGUAUCCAUUUUAUUUGUAUUAUGUGAAAUGUACUGACUUUCCUAUUUUAGCGAAGACUAAAGUUACACUGAGUAUCCUCUUUUGCCUUCUGAAUAGGCUUGUGGACAAAUGUGUAAGUACUACGCGCUAGGGGGUGUUUGAUAAAAAAGCGUUCUUACUCGUUUUUGAUAAUUUAAUUUAUGAUUUAGAUUUCACACACGAAUGCUGGUAACAUCGACAUUUUACAAUUUUUUAGAAUACGAAGUUAAAAAGCUGUAAGCAACGUGACACUUUUCGGUGUAACUUUUCCCUUUGCUAUAAAAGGUUCGUUAAGACCCCUUCACGCUAUCCAACCGGAGUGCGAAGGCCAUUAGGUUAGUUCCCUGAUACAAUCGAUUCUGACGUUUGGGAGCAGUUUAUGUAUAGAGUGCAUUAAGGAAUGAUAUUUAAAAUAAUCUAGUAUUAUCGAACAUUUUAUAGGCGAAUUAUAGCGUGCUAUAGAAUAUUAUUCACUAAGAAGACUAAAAUCACUGGAAGUUAGCCCGGCAAAUUAUAGUAAUAAGUCAAGUAAGAUGGCUACCAUUUACGCUAAGUUUUCUCAUUUAAAUUUAAUAAUAACACGGUCUUUAAGGAGCGUAAUACUACAUGUCCAAACAUAGGCACAAUAUCCGUAACAAUUAACAGAUAAAUCAUUACAAGCACUUGAACCUUAACCUUUCAUAAGUGGUCAAAAAUCAUGGGUUCAAACCACGGUUGUGCUGUAUAGACUGUAACCGCCCAGAGACUCAUAAAAAGGUUCCCUAUUCCAUAUUAAAUUUAAUCUUUAUUUUGACUUUAAAUACUUACCCCCUUAUUCAUACAAAAUUACGAGCCUGAUUUAGUUAAAUUAUGUUUUAUCCCUUUCUUACAAAUACAUAAGUCACAAUGACAGAUAAAGACAAACGAUCCAUAGCUAAUUCAGGCCAGUAUCGCGUUUAUGAAUGACGCCAUUAAUUGAUAGGAUGCUCGUUACAAUUUGGUGCCGUGACCAGGAUUAUGAUUAUUUAGUGACCAUUCAUAGACCUUACUUCGUUGCAAUAAGGUUUACAAUAAGUGAGCAUGCUUGCAUAUUCCACGGUAUUUUGUCGUCAGCGAACUAAUAUUAAACUGUUUUCAUAUGUACAUGCGUCGUGUACGUACUUUGCGUAUACAUGGACUUGUAGUAUCAUGCACUUCAGAACUAGAACUACAUUAUGUACUGACCUGAAGUCCCUCUUCGCAUCGAUUCGCACUUUUAUAAAAUUAGCUGUAUUUUAGCUAUUUUGUCUCACAAUAACUAGCGUAUUAAGUACAAUAUAGUCGAAGUGUCAUUAAUUUCAUAUAUCAUACCAUUGAAAAUAAGAACGCGAGAAAAUAAGAGUAGGGGGCACCGCGCGUCAAAACUUAGUGCCAUUAUUUCGUUUAAAAAAAGUAAUAUUAAAAUAUAAGUUCUAUGUAAUGGUUAAAUUGUGAAUAACUAUUUUGUUCAACACUGGUUAUAAUUGAUCAGAUGAAAAAGUAACAGUUUCACCAGACAUUAUUAAAAUUAUAAUCGAAAGUAUAACUCCACAAAAGAAGUAAGAACUCUUACCUACACGUAAAACGGAAUUUCAUACAAAGAAAUAAAAAUCAAUGAUGUCAUAAUCAUAAUAGAUCAAGUAAAGGACAACAAUUCUAGUCAUUUUUAAAUAGGGAAGUAUUUGCUGACAUUGUUAUGUGAAAUACAAAAUAAGAUAUUACAGAUUUACAAGUUUCAUUAUUCAUUAGGUAUUUUUUAAUUUUAAUUUUCAAAAUAUUGCGUGGUAAUACAUUGCGUCCCUUGCUCGCGUUAAGCACCGGUGAUAAGUAUUAGGUAGGGUAAAUCUAUCUAUUAUUGGCUCUCUCUCCAUCUCCAAAUAUUGACACGAGUAUUUGAAGAUAAUAGAAAACGUUGGUCAGUAAGUGGGAUUUUGGAGCCAAAAACAUAUUUGUAGUGUCAGUAACUGGUUAUUGGGUACUUUUUAUGGUACCGUGUUUUGUCUUAUGCCUUAAAAACACGCUUGAUUAUCAUACCGUCACAAUCAUAAAAAUAUAUGCCAUAUAGUUGAUAUACACUGCACUUCGAGUUAAGUACCUACUGAUUUUAAAUAAAUUUCCUACGUAAGUAAAUAGAAAAAAAUGUAGAUUCGUAGAUAAGGUAAGUUAGAUCAGGUUUGUAAGAUUUUUUAAAAACGUAACAUUAUGGUUCAGUGCAGUCGUCUUCAAUAAUAUUUGUACUGUAAAGGAUCUUAAAAAUACAUGAACACGAAUUAAAA